UUUUGUAUCGUGUUUUUUCGCUGCUAUCACUUCUUUUUGUCUUCAGUCUAACAGUAGUGGACUCGGAUGGUGCCAGCAACUCCACCACUGCAAACCUGACUGUGAACAAAGCAGUGGAUUAUCCUCCAGUGGCAAAUGCAGGCCCAAACCAGGUGAUCACCCUGCCGCAGAACUCCAUCACCCUCUACGGGAACCAGAGCACUGAUGAUCACAGCAUCGUCAGCUACGAGUGGCUGCUGAGCCCCAACAGCAAGGGAAAGGUGAUGGAGAUGCAGGGGGUGAGGACACCAGUCCUGCAGCUCUCUGCGAUGCAAGAAGGUGACUACACUUACCAGUUAAUCGUGACGGAUUCUGCGGGGCAGCAGUCUACAGCAGAGGUCACUGUUAUAGUCCAGCCAGGUGAGCUGCUCUUCGAGAGGACUGCUGUGGUGAAUUAG